AUGUCCCUCCAUCCUUUUGACCCGUUAACCCCCGGCGAGAUUCGCCUGGUGGCCAAGAUCCUCGAGGCUUCAUUCCCUGGUGUCCCGCUUCGGCACAAGGUCAUCGAGGUCCAGGAACCCAUCAAGCGAGAUGUUGUGCCCUUUCUCGAAGCAGAAAGACUGGGCAAGCCCUUGCCCUCGAAGCCUGCCCGUAUCCUGACGGCGCUCUUUCAUCGGAUGGACACCAAGGCUUUCAUGAAGGCUCUGAUCAACGCAGACAAAAAGGCCGUGAUUCAGUGCAAGGAGCUUCCAAGGGAAGUCCAGGGACCUACGGAUGUCGAUGAAAUGAUUGAGAUGGAGAAAGUUUGCAACGACCAUCCCGCGGUCAAAGCCGAGAUUGCAAAGAUGAACCUCCCCCCAAAUGUUGUGGUUUGCAAUGACCCGUGGAUCUACGGGACGGACAGCGACACCGAGACACGCCGCUUGUUCCAACACUACAUGUAUAUGUGCGACGUUGAACACGACCAGACCAAUCAUUACUCUCUCCCAUGCGCCUUCUCGCCGGUCUUCGAUGGCAUGACCAAGGAGCUCGUCCGUAUGGACUAUCUUCCUACGGGCACCGACCAUGCCACGAAUCCCACCAAGGCUUGGAAGCCAGUCAAGACCGUGCAAUACGCUCACGACCUUUUGGAAGAGCCACUUCGAACCGACCUCAAACCUUAUAUUGUUCAGCAGCCAGAGGGCCCGUCCUUCAAUGUGACUGGGAAUCACGUUUACUGGCAGAAAUGGAGGUUCAGAGUUGGCUUCAACUAUCGCGACGGUUUGGUGAUUUAUAACGUCACCUACGACAACCGCAAUGUCUUUCACAGAUUGUCUCUGUGCGAGAUGACGGUUCCAUAUGGCGGCGUAGACCCGCGCGCUCCGUACCACCGCAAGCAAGCCUUCGACGUUGGUGAUGUUGGUUUCGGAAACACGGCCAAUCAACUCUCCCUCGGCUGUGACUGUCUCGGCCACAUCAAGUACUUUGAUGGUUUCAGAACCGAUUCCAAGGGCAAUCCUGUCCUUCUCAAGAACGUGAUCUGCCUGCACGAGCAGGACGCUGGCCUGCAGCACAAACAUACCAACUACAGAACCGGUGCUGCAACCGCCGUCCGUAACCGCCAAUUGGUUGUACAGAUGAUCUGCACGGUCUCCAACUAUGAGUACAUUUUUGCUUGGAUUUUCGACCAAGCCGGCGGCAUUGAACUCGAAGUCCGCGCAACAGGCAUCCUUUCCACCAUGCCAAUCGACAAUGCAGACGGUACAAAGGUGCCAUGGGGUACCAACGUUGGUCCAGGCGUGAUGGCCGCAUAUCACCAACAUAUCUUCAGCAUGCGUGUCGAUCCCGCCAUUGAUGGACACAACAACACCGUCGUCUACCAAGAAAGUGUUCCCCUCCCGGAUGAACCAAACAUGAACCCUUAUGGCGUGGGUUAUGUGCAAAACACCACCGCCUUCCAGAAAUCUGGGUCUGCGGAUCUGAGCGUCGAAAAGGCUCGCGUUUUCAAAAUCAGAAACGACAACGUGAUUAACCCUACAUCGGGAAAUCCCGUCGCCUAUAAACUUGGCGUGUUGCCCAGCCAGCUUAUGAUUAUGGCAAAGCGCAGCUUCAAUCAUCGCCGGGCCGCAUUCGCCACGAAACCUAUCUGGGUGACCAAGUAUCAGGACGGAGAACUGUAUUCAGCGGGAGAGUUCACCAACCAGAGCAGAGACUCUUCGGGUGUAGAAGUAUGGUCCGCGAGAAAUGACAAUGUUGAGAACUCGGAUGUUGUGUUAUGGCACUCAUUUGCAUUGACGCAUAAUCCCCGACCAGAGGACUUCCCCAUCAUGCCUGUCGAGAGGAUAAGCGUCACUUUGAAGCCCGAUGGAUUCUUCGAGAAGAAUCCUGCGCUGGACGUGCCGCAGUCAAACCAAGGAUUCAACAAGUCGACGUUGCAUCCAACAACGCCAGCGUGUGGUGGAUGCCCGGCGAGCUCGAAGUUGUAG